ACCAGAGCGCGACCUCCCCGGAAGAGACGUGGCAGCCGAGCCAACGGGCGGAGCGAACACCCCGCCCCUUCCCUCAGGAGCUUUCAGAGGGCCGGAGACCCUCCCGCCGCCGCCGCCCCUCGGCCCGCUUUGGUCCUGAGCCCACACUACGUUUGAGCUGCCAUGGGUCUCUGUAAAUGCCCGAAGAGGAAGGUCACCAACUUGUUCUGUUUCGAGCACAGGGUGAACGUCUGCGAGAACUGUAUUGUUGCUAACCAUGCCAAGUGCAUUGUCCAGUCUUACCUCCAGUGGCUUCAAGACAGCGAUUACAAUCCCAACUGCCGGCUGUGCAGUACUCUCCUCUCCACCAAAGAGACAGUCCGGCUUGUCUGUUACGAUCUCUUCCACUGGUCUUGCCUCAAUGACAUGGCGAACCAGCUGCCGAAAAACACCGCCCCCGCCGGCUACCAGUGCCCCAACUGCCAGGGCCCUGUCUUCCCCCCGGCCAACCUGGUCAGUCCAGUAGCAUCGGUGCUGCGGGAGAAACUGUCGUCUGUCAACUGGGCUCGGGCCGGCCUUGGGCUCCCCCUGAUUGACGAAAUGGAGUCCAUUCAGGAGACGGAGCCCCACGACGCCACAGACUACACGGACUGGUCCAGCUUCACCAACCUCAACUCCGAGGAGGCCUCCCAGCAGAGCCUCAGCUACAGCCCAAACUCUGGCUUCCCCUCCCCACCGCAGCAGCAGCAAAGCCUGAACAACGGAGGCAUGCAGGAACAGCACACCGUCAUCAGCAUGAAUGCCGUGGGCAGCGACCCCAUGACCAUCAAUGCAGCCUCCUCGCCGCGGAAAGUUUACGACACCCGGGAGGGCGGAGGCAGCAAUCGAGCUACUGACGCUCACAUAGACUUCGACGAAGACAAGUACCGGCGGCGGCCGGCACUCGGCUGGCUUGCCCGGCUGCUCAAGAACCGCUUCAGCUCCAGGAAGCAGCCACGCUCCUUGAUGCAACGGUUCAUCAUUCUCCUGCUCAUCGGUGGGAUUGGCUUCUUGACCCUCGUCAUUGUCAUGAUGAAGCUGGGCCGGGCCUCAGCCGAGAACGACCCCAAUCUGGACCCCAAGUUCAACCCGCACAUCCGGGUCGGGCAGGAGUGAACGGGGGGGUGUCGGCCUUCCCCACACGGCACGCCCUUCCCCGCUCCCACCUCUUCUCCCCCACCCCAGCUCCUGGGGCAGGUUGGACCAGGGGGAAGGUCCAAGAGCAGCUCUUUGGUUACAGGGGCUGAUGGACCCACCUUCCUCGGAAGAACAACGCUAACAGGGCGGCCCUGAAAGUUGGACAAAGGCGCUCCAGGAGGGAAAGGGCGGGCCUCUCCCUUCUCCCCCGUUCUGCAUACUGGAUCCGGCGCCGACAAACUCUGUGUCUAGGGUGCCCGAGAAGGGAGCCGUCUCUGCUUCCGUCCCAGGGCUGGGUGGGCAGCUGAGGUGGACCAGCUCUUCCUGCAGGGGAGAGCCCUCCCUUGACCGCUCACCCAGAAAGACCUGGGGGGGUCCCCUCGCCGCCAUCGAGCCCCUUUCGGCCCGAUCCACCGGGCUCUCUGUUCACCCGGCCGCCAGGUAAGGUGAAGGACUCCCGUUCUCCUCUCGGCUUUCAUCUCCCGAGGGAAACGGCCGUGGCACUUGGCGACGCUUCACCUGGGACGGAGAGGCUGUCUGUUUGGUUUGGUUUGAGUUUGGUGUUCAAGACUCAUCACGGCAGGGCGGAAACCAGGCGCCUGCCUUGCCGGCCUCCUUCCCUUAAACUCGGAGUCUGGGAAAGCGUGGGACCAGUCUGAGGACUUCUGGCUCUAUAUUUGGGGCUGGGCUGGGCUUCAGUAAUAGGGCUUGUCAGGCCACCCAAGAACGCGGGGGACGUCCUCCUUAGAUCAGGGGGUCUUUCUAGGGAUUUAUAUAUGGAUCCUUUAUCCAAAGCCAGAAGCUUCGCCCAAGCGGUGCUUACAUCAUCCUGCCCGAUAACCCUUCCCCAACACACCUGCGUUCUCUCCGUUCAACUCUUUGCUGCCUCAAGUUUGCACACUUUCCAGGGCGUCGUGCAAGAACAGGAUUCCACCCUCCCCACCCGCCCAAUAUUGUAAGAUUCUGGAGGAGGUCGAGGAAGGGGGAGCCUUGCUCAGAGAUUCAUAAUCAAGGGCUGUUUUUGCUCCCCGCAAGGAAACGUUUCUCCUGUCGGGGUGGUCCCUUCCGUCGGAGGCUCUUUUGGGGGAAGCCGCCCAGGACGGAAAGCUGCCAUCUGUUUAAAGCCUAGCAGCGGAUCUGCUUGGGCUGCGGUCCCUGCGCACUUAGGACAGAAACAUCCACAUCUGUAACUUUAUUUUAGCAAAGUGGGUACCUGAGCGCCAAGACAUGAAGGCUCAGGAAGGCCACGUCUCUCACCCCCUUCCCAAACUCCCUGCCUGCUUGGCUCCCGUUGGGUUCCAGGGCUCACACAUUGGUCCCAUCCCCCCCCAGAGGGCUGGUGAUAACCGGGUUACCCCGCGAGCCCAGGGGCUCUGGCUCCAACUUGGAUGGCGUUGGGGUGGAGGCCCACCUUCCCAUGAUCCCUUGCAGCAAGCGCCUCUAUUUCAGGGGUGGUUCUUUGGAGACGGUCGUGCGGUGGAUGACCCCGUGGCAAAGCAGCGUAUCGCACGGGCGGGCGGUCCGCGUGGUUUAGUUACCGCCUUCGUCUUCUUGCGGCCCAGAGCGGCUGCUGCAAAUGCAAAACCUUUAAUAACUCGAGCAAUAGACUGGUUUGCUGCUGUUCUAUUAAAAUCUCUUGGCUAACCGGGA